CGAACUUUUUAAGAAAAUACUUUUUACACUUAAAUUGCCAUAAAAACUGCAUAAAACAAAGUGAUUCACGUAUCAAUAUACAAUUUCUUGCACAAAGUUAUCUAAACUGCAAGAGUGGUUCCUCGAACGGAUAAGUAUCCGGCAGAUUUUCAGAAAAAGUGUCGCGUCACUUUCUUCUUGAGCAUUUGCAUUAUUUCAAGGUGGUAGAGACAACAUUUAUGUUCAACAAAAACGAUUGUAAAAGCGGUAAAUAUAACCAAGUUGAAUUGGUGUCAAAAGAUGCAAAAGAAAUCAUAUAUUUCGGAUUAUUUGACGGAUUCUAAUAUAUUGACCGAGAGCAGCGGUGUGGAAACGAGUCCCGAGCUUAAUUCUAGCUUUGAGCACUCUCCAAAAAUGCCCAUUCGUCGUUCACUUAUUCAGAAGUGUCCUGGUUUGGAAGACAGCUCUGACGAUAUGGCCAACCAAAUCCAGCCGCGUAAGUUGCGCUUCAAUUAUGACGACUGCGAAGACUCGGAGCCAGAAUCGACCGUAACAAGGACCAAAAAAAUUGUACCUGAGUCAUUUUCUCUUGAUUAUGAGCCACAAGAAGCUAUUUUUGCACGUGCAAAAAGUCCGAAAAAAGAAGCAAUGCUCGUAAAAUGUGCCUCUGAACCGGCAAACAUAACCAUAUCUCCGCCAUACCGAAAAGUACGUGCACUACGACUCUUUGAUUCUCCAGCUACACCAAAGACAAUCAUUCAAAAGUCAGCGACAACUAAAACACCUAUGAUGUCCAGUAGCAGUAAACACCUCAAAUUCCUAGCGACAAAUACCAACUGUGGAAACUCGGCACAAAAAGGAGAGCCUCUGGCCGUUCCUAUGGAAAAUACACCUGCUUUAAUACGCUUUUCGUCUGACGUUUUUUUGGAUAACAAACCUAGACGCUUUCUUCAGCAUAAUCGAUUGACCAACGUUAAUCCUUUCACGCCACCUUCACUAAUGAUGCGAAACAAGAAACGCUUGAGACAAGAAGAAGAACUUAAUAAUUCAUUACCAGCCUACACUUUUGGAGCAAACCGUAACUUUUUGCGCAACUCAGCAAUGCCGGCUAUUCUGCGGUCUAGUUUCGGCUCCUUCAGCGAUGAUUAUCCCGAAGAAGUGAAGCAAGCUCCUAAACGACUUGCAUUGCAAGACACGAACAUAAGUCGAUAUGAAAAAGAGUUUGCAGAGCAAGAACUCAUUGGAACGGGUGAAUUUGGACUUGUUUAUCAGUGCAUCAACAGACUGGAUGGAUGUACUUAUGCUGUAAAACGAAGUCGAAAACCUGUUGCAGGAAGCAACUUUGAAAAAGCAGCGCUUAAUGAAGUUUGGGCGCAUGCUGUACUUGGAAAGCAUGAUAAUGUUGUUCGAUAUUAUUCUGCUUGGGCCGAAGACAAUCAUAUGAUCAUCCAAAAUGAGUAUUGCAAUGGAGGAAGCCUCCAAAGUGUUUUGCAGGAACGCACCUUGUCUGAAACGGAGCUUCGAACCCUUUUAUUACACAUUGCUGAAGGCUUAAAAUAUAUUCAUUCCAACGAUUUAGUCCACAUGGACAUAAAAUCUGGAAACAUAUUCAUAUCAAAAGUGCCAAAAAAACAUACGGAUGGAGACGAUGGCUUUGAGGACCAAUUUGAGUCGGAAGACAAUGACUUUUUGGUAACCUACAAAAUCGGAGACUUGGGCCUUGUUACAUCUAUUAAUGAUCCCCAAGUUGAAGAAGGAGAUUGUCGUUAUCUACCAAACGAGAUAUUGCAAGAAGACUACUCAAACUUGACAAAAGCUGAUAUAUUUUCACUUGGAAUAACCUUGUAUGAAGCAGCAGGAGGUGGUCCCUUGCCUAAAAAUGGUCCAGAAUGGCAUAAACUGCGAAAUGGGGAGUUUUCCGAUCUGCCAAACGUUAGCAAAGAACUUAAUCAACUUAUUAGAUUGAUGAUGCAUCCAAAUCCAGAGGUCAGACCAUCAGCAACGACAAUUGUCAAUCAUCCAGUUUUAAGUCCUAUUGAUUCCAAAUCAAAAGCGCAACUCACGCUUGAACUGAAUCAUGAAAGACAGAAGAAUGACCAACUGCUCAAAAAACUUAAGGAAGCCAGUAAAUUGUUAAAGUCUUAUGAACAAUCAAAGACACCAAAUGCAAAAAAGUCUCGAGUAGUACGUGAGUCCUUAGCAACUGAUCGCAAACUAAGAUCAUACUCCAAGAAGCGUCAAAAACGGAGUCUGACAAUGGACAAUCGUCGCCGUAAUCUUCAAAGUCCAUAGAUAUGAGAAAAUUUAUAUGUGUUAUUUUUUCAAGUCAAACAAUUACUAUUGAAAGAAAUUUUUGAAUCGCCAAAGGCACUAAAUUUCUGCGCACUUCAUCGAAUUUUUAAUUUUAAUUUUACUCGAUAAAAUACUUUUUACCUACUUAGGUUUAUGAUUUUAGUUUAAACGCAUAACAAGAACCGUUUGGUCGCUCAAAUUGAAUCAUUAUUGUGUACUUGUAAAUUAAACCUCAUUAAAGUUUUUGAUUGAACAACAAAAAUAUAGCUGAUGUGAUCUUAAUUAUUAUACCAUGUCGACUGUGUGAAACAAAGAAAUAUGUAACAAAGAUUAGUAGAGUAAGCAUUUAAAAAGUAAACGUGAAACUUAUAGUGAUAAAUAAUUUAAAUGUUAUACAUAAAUAUUAAUGAAAAAGAGUCAACAACAGUGGUUAUGGUCUUUUAAGAGCAACACAAAAAUGUUAAUUUUGUUGCUUGAUGUUCAAUUAUCAUUUUUUUUUAGUUUUUGUCGUCUAUUUCUUUAGCAUUUAACAAAAUCUUCUGUGAACACGUUAUUGAAAAGCAUCUUUAUUACUGAUAUGCUUCAUAAUGUUAUUUGUCAGCAUAAAAUAAAAUUAUUUUUAAUGAACAAACUAUUGCCUUUA